AUAACAUCAAGCGAAAUGUCGACAAUUGGCAGCGGAGAGACGGUUCAUUCAAGGCGGCAGCGGCUUUCAGGGAUACCACGCGCGUGCGAAGCGUGUAGAGUGCGCAAAAUUCGUUGCGAUCGCACUACACCAUGUUCCAACUGCCUAACAUCUGGGAUCAUAUGUCAAGGUUCUAGCCCACCAUCCGACAAUCGCUCCAAGUCAAAUAAGGUCGCUCUGCUGGAGGAGCGAAUAGAGGUUCUCGAGAGCCGCCUUCGCACCGUCGAAAAGACCCUCACGGACCGAAGCACUCCAUGUGCAUCUAGCACAAUCGAGCAUGAGCGUGCAACUACCUUUCCGAGUGGCGCCACUAAUCUCUAUGAGGGAGAUUCUGCAUUCACUAAUGAGUUGCUCCAGGUUAGCCAAGUAGCUCAGAAGACGGCCCAUGGGGCGCCUGGUCUAGAGGCAUCGUUCGGUGAUAUCCGAGCUCUGCUUGAGUCCUCGAGCAAGCUUGAGAACCACAAAUUUUCUCGCAGUCCGGCGUUACGGUCUGCACCUUCCUUGAUACCUUUACCGUUUGCAGUUGUGGCUGCAAUCCUACGUCGGAUCAAAGAACGCACCCCAAUAUUUUGCUAUGGAUAUUUCCUCACCGACAUAUCACAUAUUGAACAGCUUUGUCAGAAGAUCUACAGUUUCACGGAUUCUGUAACGCUUAGUCAUGUCACAAGCGUGCUUGGGAUUCUUUAUUUCAUUUUGAAAGAACUCGUGGCUACCUCAGAUCAGCUUUGUGAGGAGCAUAGCCUUGAUAUUCACUUGAAAAAUUGCGAGCAGAGCUUGAAGUCUAAUAUCGAGACAUAUGAACUCUUGGCUGUGCCCAGUUUCGAGAGUAUCCUUGCCCUUGCUUUUGGGGCUCUCAAAGCACAGGAAGACGCAGAGGCCUUUAUUUCAUGUACCCUCAUAUCUGGAGCCGUCAAUCAAUGCCUUACUUUAGGGUACCAUCGUGAAAAAACAUACGGGAACUGGCGCGAUGGCAAUGCUGAGAAUGCACGUCGGCUUUUCUGGUCAAUUUACAUCUCUGAUAAAACAUUGUCAUUGCUACUAGGACGUUCUUCUUACUUGCAGGACCUUGAUAUCGACGCACUGUACCCAAAUAUUUCCACGAAUCCGCUUCGCAGGCCUUGGGACGAGAACUUCGUAAUGGCAAUUCGCAUAGCCCGUGCUCAAGGCCAGAUCUACGAUCGACUGUAUUCACCUGCCUCUCUGAAAGCACCUAUAGAACAGCGAACACAAUCUUUAAAUGAGUUGGUGGAUAUUAUGUCAUGCUGGCGCAAUGAGCAAACUAAGAUUGAUCCGAGCAGAGCAGCAUAUUCUGAAAUAUGGGCUAUCUCUAGGCAUCACUGGGAUGUCAUCUAUUAUUCAACCCUAACAACUCUUUUACGGGCAUCAAAAACCCCUAGAGUUGGAACAGAACUUACGGCUCAAUGUUUCUACUCUGCGCGCCUUAACUUAGAAAGUCACAUGUCUUGCUUUGCUACUUGGGACAAAUGUGGUACCUUGUCGGGCAAGGAUUAUGCAAACUGGGUGCUACACUACUCGUCUUUCACGAGUUUUGUCGUCAUCUUUCUCCACGCCAUUUCGGCUGCCAGAAUGGAAGACGUACAGCUUCUCGAUGACGUAGUAGAGACACUGAACAAUGUCCAGCAUACAUCUAAGCUCUCGGAAAGACUCUAUAAAAUAUGUGCUAUUCUCGCGGGACUUUCCAGAGCGCUAAUAGGUUUGGGAAAUGCUACUAUUGGAACAUACGAUUCAAAUGAGGACACGCUACAUUUCUCAGAAAACGCCAGUCAGUCACCUGCAUUCCUACCAGAAACUCUACAAGACUCGUUAUCGGUAGAUAUGACUGAGUUUUUGGAUGACUGGGAGGCCAACGACUUAGGCGUUGUUUUAGCAAAUUGGGCGAAUGGAGACUCAACUACGCUGGAUAUGCACUGGGAUAGCCGGUGUUGAUAAUUUAUGAUAUGUAGAUAGAUCAAAUCAACCCUAGUGAUGAAAAAA